CGGACACGAGUAGUGGCUGACUGUCUUGGAGCGCGUAGUGGAGCUGACUCGGGCAUUGUUUUGGUAAACACCAACCCGCUGAGGGAUAGCGAACCGUGGGCCUCCAAGUCCAGGGACUGCUCGUCCCUCCGCGUUCUGCCUCCCCGGACCCCAGACCCCCGCGUCAGGGCCGGUAUUUAUAAAACCAGCCCGGGGUUUAUUCACACUCCGGAUGCAGCUAGCCGAUGCUAACGCUAGCUAGUGGCUAGCUAGCGGCUACCUAGCGUUAGUGGGAUUCUGUUUUAAAGACCGCUGUUGCAACAAGUCGACCCGUCCCCUGUUUGAAUGCGUCCACGCAUCCACACAUAAGUGUUGUGUGUGUGGGUAACACACUAGAAGAGAGCGGUACGAUGGCCGUCGCCCGGGCCUCCAUGGCGGAGAACAUCAUCAUCCUGGACGACGAUGACGAGGACAGCCCGCAGCCUCCGCGCCCCGCCCACGCCGCCCCCUCCAGGCGCCGCUCUGCCCCCGCCAAGGCGCCCGCGGCCAAGGAGCCCACCCCCACCCCGACACACAUCACCGCCUCGCCCUUCGCCUCGGCCAAGAAGGAGGGACACGUGCUGCAGGUGGAGAACCAGCGGCUGUUUGACGAGUUCGUGGCCUACUGCUCCACGCUGACCCAGGACUGCCCCGAGGUGCUGGCCUUCCUGCACACCAAGCACGCCAAGGCCUCGCCGCCCUUCCUGGCGUCGGUGGAGUUCCGCAACGCGCUGGGCCGCUGCCUGACGCGCGCCCAGGCCAACCGCGCCAAGACCUUCGUGUACAUCAACGAGAUGUGCACCCUGCUGCGGCAGCACUCCAGCAAGCGGCGGCAGAGCCUGGUGGCCGCCUCCCACGCCGCCGCCGCCGCCGUCCCGCCCGCGCUGAAGAGGAGGAGGAAGGAGGCGGAGGAGAACGGGCUGGGGCCGCCGGGGGAGGAGCUACCCUCCGCCUCGGGGGGCCAGGCGGAGGAGGAGGAGGAGGAGGUGCAGGGGGGGGCGGAGGCGGAGAGGACCAAGGGGAGGGCGUCCAGGCGGCAGAUAGCCUACCUGGAGAACCUGCUGAAGGUGUACAACGAAGAGAUCCGCCGGCUGCAGGAGAAGGAGAUGAGCCUGGACGACCUAGCAGCAGAGGAUUCUGGGUACAUCCAGGAGGACAAGCUCAAACACAAGAUGAUGAAGAUCUAUAGUAAGCUGUGUGAGCUGAAGGGCUGUGACAACCUGACGGGCCGCGUCAUCGAGCAGCGCCUCUGCUACAGCGGAACGCGGUACCCCGAGAUCAACAAGAAGAUUGAGCGCUUCAUCAACAGCCCGGAGGCCCGGCGGAACCCCCCCGACUACCCUGACAUCCGGCGGCUGGUGCAGCGCGCCAACCAGCGCCACGCCCUGGGGCUGAGCGGCCGCCAGCUGGGCCAGAUGGCCCAGGAGGCGUUCCGCGAGGCGGGCAGCCGGCUGCAGGAGCGCCGCCACCUCGACCUCGUCUACAACUUCGGCUCCCACCUCACCGACCGCUACAGCGCCACGCGGGACCCCGCCCUCGCAGACCCCUCCCUGCUCCGCAAGCUGCGGACCAAUCGGGAGACGGCGCUCACCAACCUGGAGGAGGUGAUCUCCAAGUACUCGGGGCGGCAGGAGGACACGGAGGAGCAGGAGAGGAGCCGGAGGCUGGACAAGGACCGGCAGGGGAAGGAGAAAGCGACGACCGGGGAAGAGACGAAGCAGAUGAAUGGAAAGGUGGUGGAGGAGGAGGAGGAAGAAGAAGAGGAGGAGGAAGAGGAGGAGGAGGAGGACUAUUCGGAGCCAGACAUAGAGGCAGAGCUCCUGGCCAGCGAGCAAGUCGCCGGACAAGCGGACGAUGAGGAAGAGGAGAACGGCGAGGAGGAGGGAGUGAAGACGGUCGCCAACGGCCACGCCUCGCUGCUCGUCAGCGAGGGGGAGGAGGAGGAGGAGGAGGAGGAGGAGGGGAACGCCACGGCAACGCACGAGGCUGCCGGGCCGACGGGGCAGGCCCCCGGCGGGCUCUGUCCGCUGACGGACAGCGACGUGACGGACCUGUCGCCCAUGUCCCUACAAGAGCUCUCCCCCAGGGACAGUCCCAGCCAAUCACAGCCCCCGGGGCCCCCCCCCCACGGGCUGUCCAACGGCGUCGCCGCCGCGGUGCAGAGGGAGGCGGCGGCGGCGCCCCAUAAGGCGUCGGAGGUCCCGGCGAGCGCCGGCGAGCCCACCGGCGUCGCCUCGCCGCCCCCGUCCCCCGCCGCCGCCGUCCAGACCAAUCAGGACUCUUCCACGGCCACAUGUGACCUGCUGUCCGCCAACGGCAAGUCGUCCCCACUCAGCCUGCGGUUCACCAGGGGGAGGAAGAGGACGCGAGAGGACCAGGAGAAGAGGAAGGCCCACAUCCACGCCCUCCUCCCAGACAGUGACAUGGACCUCACCCUGGACAUGGGUCUGGUGGUGACCACCCCCCCGCCCAGCCACCCGGAGUCCGCCCGGCCAGACACCCCCACCCACGACCGGCUCCACAGCGCCCAGUCCACACCCCCGCCCAAGAAGAACAAGGUCAACGUGGCCACCCAGUGCGACCCGGACGAGAUCAUCGUUCUGUCGGACUCCGAGUGACCCCUGACCUUUUGGUCCACCGUGGGCGUGGCCUCGGCAGCAAACCAUCACAUCCUCCAUCAAGGAGGAUGUAUCAGGAAGAGGCUAAAUGUUUAUAUUUUUAAUAAAAAAAAAUACGAUUUCAUAAAUCGGACAAAAUUUUAUGAAAGUUAGACUCAACCACGCUAUCGGACAACGGUAAGGCGACAUCGCUCGUCUCACGACAUCAUGGACUCUCCGCCUCCGGGCCGCGACACAAAGGAAUGUCCCACGGUUUUGGUUCAGGAACGCUAACAAUCCGUACCUAAUCCGUGGUUAGGGAGACGGACGUCUGAAUCCGGAUAGCUGAAGCCCCCCCCCCCCCCCAACUCCAAUGGACUGCCCCGCCGCUGUACGAACGGACGCAGAGAUUUCUCAUCAAUUUCUACGAUAAUCUUGGGGCGGCCGGAGGUCCCGUCAGGGUCACUUGUGUCGAGGCCGUGCGGCGCCGUCUGGCCCCGCUGUUGACCGACAGCGCUGCUACGGCCCCCCUCCUCGAACAACAGAUGCUGAUCCUAGGCCAGCAGAAGGGCUCGUCUGGUGUCGCUGGAGUCGUUGGUAGCAGGGGACUUUGUUUACAUUAUUUUAUAUUUUGAUAGCCUUUAUUUCCCUUCUAGAAAAGGGAGUUUGUAGCUCUUUAAAACAGGCGGGACUCUGAUGUUUUAUGUGCUUGUUUCUGCUGUUCAAGGCAUCGAGUGAAUGAUGGAUAAGGGUGACUGUGUGUCGACUGGUUCAUAAAUAUUUAAAUAUUUUCUGAGUACUUUACACCUCCUUCCACUGUAAGUCAGUCACCACAUCAAUACAUCCUACGGGGAAAAGUACGCGCAAAAACAAGUCGCGUGUCAACGUCUCGGACAAAAGUCCCAUCCUGCAGCUCAUUCGGCUCCAAUCAACUGAACCGAUUUUGGUAUUGAGGUAGAACCUAAACUCCCCUGAGUGGUCAAGGGGUGUUUGGUUUGCGACCCGGUAUUACUCUUUUGUCAGUAAGAGCACCACCACAUCUUAUGGUUCACAUUAUUUUCCAAUAAUGUGAACCAUAAGAUGUGUUGGUGCUCUUAUUGACAAAGAUUUUUUGUCAGAAGGCCCUUGUUUGCAUAGCUAUGAUUUGUCCAUUGGUUUAGAUUGUUUUUCCCUUUUUGAUAAUAAAAAUGUUUCAAAGUAA